AUGCAUUCCUCUUUGGGAAUGGGACCACAAAAUGCAGAAACAGUAGCAGGAACCCCAAUCCCUGUGCUUACGGUUCAGUUGGCAGCGAAGCAGCACUCACAAGAUGAGUGCAAGAUCCUGGUUGCCAGGGUAGUUUCUCAGUCAUCUGGCAGCUCUAAGGACAGAAAAACAGGACUUAUGGGAAUCCAGCAACUUUUAGGAAGCUCUAAGGAAAGAUACUACUGGGGUGUGAAUAACUUUGUACAGUACAAAUUCUGCCACCUGCCCUCCAAAGAAAGGCAAACAAUCAAUGAGUUGGCAAAGAUGUUCCUAAACCGCAUCAACUAUUGGCAUCUGGAGGCGCCGUCUCAGCGCCAACUGCGCUCUCCCAAUAAUGACAUUUCUGGAUACAAAGAAAACUACACAAGAUGGCUGUGUUACUGCAAUGUGCCGCAGUUCUGUGACAGUCUACCUCGGUACGAGACCACCAAGGUGUUCGGGAGAACGUUGCUUCGCUCAGUUUUCACCAUUAUGAGGCGACAACUCCUGGAACAAGCAAGACAGGAAAAGGACAAACUGCCUCUGGAGAAAUGAGCCCUAAUCCUCACACAUUUCCCAAAGUUUCUGUCCAUGUUGGAAGAAGAAGUUUAUAGUCAAAACUCUCCCAUUUGGGAUCAGGAUUUUCUCUCAGUCUCUUCUAGAACCAGUCAGCUAGGAAUCCAAACAGUUAUUAAUCCACCUCCUGUGGCUGGGACAGUGUCAUACAAUUCAAACUCAUCUUCCCUGGAGCAGCCAAAUGGAGGUAGCACGAGUCCUGCCUGCAAGUCAUCUGGGCUUGAAGCAAACCAAGGAGAGAAGAGGAAAAUGAAUGACUCUCACAUUCUAGAAGAGGCCAAAAGACCCCGGGUUAUGGGGGAUAUUCCAGUGGAGUUGAUUCAUGAGGUCAUGUCCACCAUCACAGACCCUGCAACCAUGCUCGGGCCAGAGACCAAUUUUCUGUCGGCACACUCAGCCAGGGACGAGGCAGCGAGGCUGGAAGAGUGCAGGGGUGUCAUUGAAUUCCAUGUGGUUGGCAAUUCCCUGAACCAGAAACCAAACAAGAAGAUUCUGAUGUGGCUGGUUGGUCUACAGAACGUCUUCUCCCAUCAGCUGCCCUGAAUGCCAAAAGAGUAUAUCACACGUCUUGUCUUUGACCCGAAACACAAAACCCUUGCUUUAAUUAAAGAUGGCCGUGUUAUUGGUGGUAUCUGUUUCUGUAUGUUCCCAUUCCAGGGAUUCACAGAGAUUGUUUUCUGUGCUGUAACUUCAAAUGAGCAACUGAAAGGCUAUGGAACACACCUGAUGAAUCAUCUGAAAGAAUAUCACAUAAAACACGACAUCCUCAACUUCCUCACAUACGCUGACGAUUAUGCAAUUGGAUACUUCAAGAAACAGGGUUUCUCCAAAGAAAUUAAAAUACCCAAAACCAAAUAUGUUGGCUACAUCAAGGAUUAUGAAGGAGCCACCUUAAUGGGAUGUGAGCUGAAUCCUCGGAUUCCGUACACAGAGUUCUCUGUCAUCAUUAAAAAACAGAAGGAGAUAAUUAAAAAGCUGAUAGAAAGAAAACAGGCCAAGAUCCGAAAAGUCUACCCUGGACUUUCAUGUAUUAAAGAUGGAGUUCGACAGAUUCCUAUAGAAAGCAUUCCUGGAAUUAGAGAGACAGGCUGGAAACCAAGUGGAAAAGAAAAAAGUAAAGAACCCAAAGACCCUGACCAGCUUUACAGCAUGCUCAAGGGCAUCCUCCAGCAGGUGAAGAGCCAUCAAAGUGCUUGGCCCUUCAUGGAACCUGUGAAGAGAACAGAAGCUCCGGGAUAUUAUGAAGUUAUACGUCGGCUUGAGAUUUUUGGUGUAAAUGAAUUCAUUCCCCAUUCAGGAUAUCUGAAAACCAUGAGUGAACGCCUCAAGAAUCGGUACUACGUGUCUAAGAAAUUAUUCAUGGCAGACUUACAGAGAGUUUUUACCAAUUGCAAAGAGUACAACCCCCCUGAGAGUGAAUACUACAAAUGUGCCAAUAUCCUGGAGAAAUUCUUCUUCAGUAAAAUUAAGGAGGCUGGAUUAAUUGACAAGUGA